AUGGCUCAACAAAAACAGCCUGACCGAGGGGACAAAUCCGGAUUUUUCACGGCGCGAUCAGCGCAAACCAAAACCCCGGGCCUACACGAGGCAGACCAAGAUGGCGGUGGGGACGAGACUCUCCCCCUGCAAAACUCACCAGACCCUGGCAAUCUCCUGGUCACCCAAGAAAUCUUGAGAGCCUGUCUGGAGGAAAUGUCACAAAAGCUGCUGGCCAACAUACAAUCCUCGGUAGCCACGCUAAGUAAAGACAUACAAGAGCUAUGGGAGAGGACGGCCCACGUGGAACACCGCAUGGGCGAAUACGCUGAUGCUCAUAAUGACCUAGCAGACCACAUCCAAGCCCUAGAAAAGCAGCUCACCUCGGCACAAUUAAAGAUUUCCGACCUAGAGGACAGAUCAAGACGGUAA